AUGGACGAGCCUCCAUGUUCCGCUGCUUUCUCCUUUCCACCAGUGGUUCCACCAGCUAUGGAUGAGGAGCAGGUGGAUGAGGAGCAGGUGGAUGAGGAGCAGGUGGAUGAGGAGCAUUUUCCGAUUGCUUCAGAGGAGCUGAGUCCAGUGGAGAUUGAGGAGCGCGGGCCAGGACUAGGCGACCUUCAGGUGGGUGCCUUGCCGGUCGAUGAUCGCUUUGCUUCUGAUUCGCCAGUGUCUGAACUGGACAGUGAACGCUCUCCCGUCGACUCGCACACGCCGGCCGCCUGA